CCGGAACAGCAGCAAAGCCGAGCAGGGGAGAGCUGGGAAGCCGACGGCUGCUCGCUCAUUCUCACCCCACCCGUCCUCAACUCUCCCAUCCUCAACUUGCCUGUCCCCAACUCACCCAUCCUCAGCUCACCCAUCCCCAAAUCAUCCAUCCUCAACUCUCCCAUCCUCAACUCGCCUGUCCUCAACUCUCCCAUCCUCAACUCUCCCCCUCAACCCGCCCGUCCUCAACCCACCCGUCCUCAACUCAUCCAUCCUCAACUCACCCGUCCUCAACUCUCCCGUCCUCAACUCGCCCGUCCUCAACUCACCCGUCCUCAACCCACCCGUCCUCAACUCUCCCGUCCUCAACUCUCCCAUCCUCAACCCACCCGUCCUCAACUCUCCCGUCCUCAACUCAUCCAUUCUCAACUCGCCCGUCAUCAACUCUCCCGUCCUCAACUCGCCCAUCCUCAACUCGCCCGUCCCCAACUCGCCCAUCCUCAACCCACCUGUCCUCAACUCUCCCAUCCUCAACUUGCCCAUCCUCAACCCACCCGUCCUCUCUCCCAUCCUCAACUCGCCCAUCCUCAACCCACCCGUCCUCAACCCACCCGUCCUCAACUCUCCCAUCCUCAACUCGCCCAUCCUCAACCCACCCGUCCUCAACCCACCCGUCCUCAACUUGCCCAUUCUCAACUCUCCCAUCCUCAACUCUCCCAUCCUCAACCCACCCAUCCUCAACUCGCCCGUCCUCAUCGUGGCGGCGCAGGGGUUUGCUCGACAAGCCUUGGCUCACGCCGGGAGCAGUUCCUGCGAUUGA